UGGUCCGCUCCCGAGGCGGGGCCGGCGGCUCACGACGGGCGGAAGUAGCUCGAGCGGCGGCGGUCGCGGUGGGUUGGCCCUUCUAGGGCUGUGUGGGUCGUGGACGUCUGUCCUGACCGCUUUUUCUGGCUGACCAAACCUUACCGGCGUCGACACCAUGUCGGCCUAUUCCAAAAGCUACAAUCCUUUCGACGACGAUGCAGAAGACGGCGACACCCGCGACCUGCCCGACGGCGCCAUGGACAGGCAGCAGUUCCUGCGACAGGAGGUGCUGCGCAGGGCAGAGGCCACAGCCGCCAGCACCAGCAGGAGCCUGGGUCGUGUAUACGAGUCCGAACAGAUCGGGGUCGCCACUUCCGAGGAGCUGGUCCGGCAGCGAGGAGUCCUAGAACGCACAGAGAAUAUGGUGGACAAGAUGGACCAGGAUUUGAAGAUGAGCCAGAAACAUAUCAACAGCAUUAAGAGUAUGUUUGGGGGAUUUGUCAACUACUUCAAACCCAAGCCUGUAGAGACUGCACCACAACAGAAUGGCACCAUCACUCCCCAGCCCAACAGCAGGUUGAAAGAAGCCAUAAAUACGAGUAAAGAACAGGAAGGAAAGUACCAGGCCAGCCACCCAAACCUCAGAAGGCUGGACAGUACUGAUCCGGUCCCUACAGGACCUGCCUCUGCUAUGGGCACUGAGGCGUUCCCAAAGAACUCAACCCUCCGAGCCUAUCACCAGAAGAUUGACAGCAACCUAGAUGAGCUAUCCUUGGGCCUGGGCCGUCUGAAGGACAUAGCCCUGGGGAUGCAGACAGAAAUUGAAGAGCAGGAUGACAUUCUUGACCGCCUGACAACCAAAGUGGACAAGUUAGAUGUUAAUAUAAAAACCACAGAAAAAAAAGUUCGCCAACUCUGAAGAUGGAAGGAGUCCCACUCCAUUGUGAUGAAAAGAUUCUAAUCUCUCUUUUUAAAUUCCCAAGAAAUUUCAUUUAUUAUUUAGUGUAUUAACAGUUAACCUGUGUUUGAAAUGCUA